AUGAACCAAGCUACGGCAGAAGCGUUGUGUGCAUCGAUUGGAGAGGUGAUACAUGUGCCGGGGAAUUCUACCUUGGGCGGACAAGGUUUUAUGAGGGUCCGGGUUCGAGUGGAUGUUACUCAACCCCUUUGUCGCGGGAGAGUGGUGACUAUGAAAAAUGGUGAGCAGUCAUGGGUGGCCUUUAAGUAUGAGCGGUUGCCAAUUCUUUGUUAUUGGUGUGGACGUCUAGACCAUACCGAUAAGGACUACGAAGAAUGGAUUCAGAGUAAUGGCACCCUCAAGCUAAAGGACAAAAGGUAUGAUUCUAGCAUUAGAGCCUUGCCUUUCCAUCCUUCAAGAAAAAAUUCUAUUUGUGUGCCUGGUUAUUUUGAAACACAGAAACAGAAAAUCAAAGAGAGGGCGACUUUCAUGAUGAAAUCCAACCGGAGAGGAGAGCUGGAUGUCCAGUGCCGGCAACAGGGGAAAACAGAUAAGGAAGGUGCGCCUAGUCCGGAUGAAUUUAAUGCUGACUUGAAUCCAGACAAGCCGGUUUCACCGCCUAUUUUUCAGAGUCAACAUGAGACCGUUAAUGAUGAUACAAUCAAUCCCAUUAAUUCAGAGCGCACGUCCAGGGAUUCUGAUUUGCAUGGGAUUAGCCAACAUGCUGAUAAUGUAUUGGAUGACACGGUGGAAUCCAAUGGAUGUAAUGAGGCCCGUGUUGGGCUAAGCCCAACCAGCUCUGGAAACAAAAAGGACCCACUUGUGAGACCAGGCCUGACAUGGGCAGACGAUGAUAGGCUUUCUAAGAUUUGUGAUGACUUGCAUUUUGAUGAGAAAUGGGUAGUUCCAAGAGUGACAAGGGCUGGCGGUUUGGCCCUCUUAUGGAAGAACACAAUUCAGAUUGAUGUGGAUUCCUCUUCUCUAAAUCAUAUAGACGUUAUAGUCAACAAAGGGAAGGAGGAUUCAUGGAGGUUCACGGGUAUUUAUGGGUUUCCGGAGGCUAGCCAGAAAAGUGAGACUUGGAAUUUACUGCGUAAUCUCCAUCGGAAAUACAACCUUCCGUGGUUGUGCGCCGGUGAUUUCAACGAAAUCCUACUGUCACAUGAAAAGCUUGGAGGGAGACUAAGAAGUGCAGCAGCAAUGAAUGAGUUUAAAGAGGUUGUGGAUGACUAUGGGUUCAUGGACUUAGAUUAUGUGGGGAAAAAAUAUACUUGGAGAGGCAAGAGAGGUGAUACCAUGGUAUUGGAGAGACUUGAUCGUGCUCUUGCUACUCAUUCUUGGCUUGUACAGAAUCCAGCUACUAGAGUUCAAUGCAUUCGGUCCAAUGUUUCUGAUUAUUACCCCAUUAUUAUUAAUCUUGAAGGGGUUGCAGAUAGACCUUGCAAACCCUUUAGGUUUGAACACAUGUGGUUGAAAGAAAGUGGGUGUGGUGAUACCGUCAAGGGAGCAUGGCUGUCUCCUUCCCCUGUUUCAAGCUCUCCGUUGAUGCAUGAAAAAAUAAAGCUUUGUGGUAUUAGGCUUAUGGAGUGGAGCAAGAGAUCCUUUGGCAGUGUGAGGAAGCAGUUGGAGGAAAAAUCAAAAUUUCUGGAAAAGGCUGAAUUUGCAGCGGCAAGGGGGGCAGACUAUGAGCCAGUGAGAUUACUAAAAUUGGAGGUAAAUGAGUUGUUGGACAAAGAGAGCUUAAUGUGGCAGCAGAGGGCUAGAGCUUUGCAUCUUAAGUGUGAUACUAAGCAAGUGGCUGAUAUUAUAGUUGGGUUUUAUUCGAGGUUGUUCACAUCUGAGAGACCAUCCACUGCCCAAGGUAUUUUGGAAGUGAUACAACCAAUAGUCACUGAAGAGGUGAACACCAACCUAACUAGAGAUUUUACUAGACAAGAGGUUGAUCUUGCUUUGAAGGAGAUGGCCCCACUUAAGGCUCCAGGACCCGAUGGUAUGCCUCCUCUAUUUUUUCAGUCUUUUUGGCCUUUGAUUGGUGAUGAUGUUUCUAAAGCUGUCUUGGAUUGUUUACAGUCAUGUUAUAUUCCUAAAGAGUUCAAUUACACUUAUGUGACUCUUAUUCCUAAAGUGAAAAAUCCUGUAAAAAUUGCUGAGUUUAGACCAAUAAGUUUGUGUAAUGUUAUUUAUAAAUUGAUUUCAAAGGUUCUAGCAAACCAAUUGAAACCUUUAUUGCCUUCUAUUGUGUCUGAGAAUCAAAGUGCUUUUCAAGCUGGGAGGGUGAUCACAGACAAUAUCCUCAUGGCAUUUGAAACUUUACACUACAUGAAAACUCAGCAAACUGGUUCCACAGGUUUUAUGGCUCUCAAACUCAACAUGAGUAAGGCGUAUGACCGAGUUGAAUGGUCUUUUCUGGAUUGCUUGUUGAGAAAGUUGGGUUUUCAUAACCGUUGGGUUGAUCUUAUGAUGGAGUGUAUUACUACUGUCUCUUACUCCAUUCUGAUCAAUGGGGAGCCUUCACAAACCAUCUAUCCUAGUAGAGGAUUGCGACAAGGGGAUCCUAUCUCUCCUUAUCUAUUCCUCCUAGUUACAGAGGGUUUGCAUGGCCUAAUUUCCAAAGCGGCCACUUCUGGUGAUAUUAGAGGUAUAUCUAUUUGCAGGAAUGGACCUCGCUUAACCCACUUAUUUUUUGCAGAUGAUAGCCUUCUUUUCUAUAGAGCUUCUUUACAGGAAUGCAAUCACAUACAAACCCUUCUUACUACUUAUGAACAAGCUUCUGGGCAACAGCUGAAUCGGGAAAAGACAACGUUAUUCUUCAGUAAAAAUACAGGCAUUGAGGUCCAAGAAUCUAUCAAAGAUUUGUUGGGGGUUCCGGAGAUUAAGCAGUAUGAAAAAUACUUAGGCUUACCAUCUUUUGUGGGCAAGCGAAAGAAAGCAAGCUUGGCUUACAUUAAAGAUCGGAUUUGGUCUAAGCUCCAAGGGUGGAAAGAGAAACUCCUCUCCCAAGCUGGUAGAGAAGUCCUUCUAAAGGCAGUGAUACAAGCGAUACCUGCCUACUCUAUGAGUUGUUUUAAAUUCCCCAUUUCACUUUGCCAGGAGAUUGAGACUAUGAUUCGUCAAUUUUGGUGGGGACAACGUGGUACAAGAAGACGUAUUCAUUGGGUAAAAUGGCACACUUUGUGUAGACCAAAAGCUUAUGGAGGUAUGGGGUUUUGGGAACUCAGAAAUUUUAAUGACGCCAUGUUAGCCAAGCAAGUAUGGCGCCUAUUAAAAAAUCAAGACUCCCUUUUUUACAGGUUCUUUAAAUCAAAAUAUUUCCCACAUGGGUCUAUUUUUGAUGCUAAGGACACUAAAGGGUCUUUUGCAUGGAAGAGCAUUUUGAAGGGUAGAGAACUCAUUAAGGGGGGAUUGAUGUGGAGGAUUGGGGAUGGUGCACAGGUGCGUAUUUUUCAUGAUGCUUGGCUGCCUGGGUCUCUACACGGUAAAGUUUCUUCCCCUGCCCCUGAAAGUCAUGCAAAUGCCUUGGUUUAUAGCUUAAUUAACCAUGAAGAUAGGAGUUGGAAUGUGGCUGAGAUUGACAGAGUGUUCUUACCUGCUGAGGCAGCCACCAUCAAGGCCAUCCCACUCAGUUUGUUUGCUCAGAAGGACCUCCCUUUUUGGCCGUUUUCCCGUGAUGGAAGGUUCUCGGUUAAGUCUGGUUAUCACCGUUUAAUGGAGCUUGAAGAAACAGAGCAGAAUGGUACGGCGCACACUGGGACUGCAUCUCCGGUUUGGAAGGCCAUUUGGCGCAUGAACAUGCCAAACCGUGUAAAAUCUCUUGUAUGGCGAGCUGGGAGAGAUGCCCUUCCUACACGGAUGAACCUGGUCCGGCGAAGAGUCCUUACGGAUGCGUUAUGCCCGGAAUGCAAGGUGCAGUCAGAGGACACGCAGCAUGCUCUGUGGUCCUACCCGAUCCUACAGGAGGUGUGGAAACGCCGAAACAGGGCUCGUGUGGGAGAGCCUCCUGUGCCGGUCUGCCAGGUUGCUCCUAAGGCCACUAGUGCGCUUCAAGAAUUCCAGCAGCUCCGCCCCAUUCAUGCUGCGAACUUCAACGGUGCUAUCUUCUCCAAAGAUGGACUAGCUGGCACCAGAGUGAUAAUCCGAAAUGAGCAAGGAUUGGUUAUGGCUGCCUUAUCACAACAAAUUCCAUCACCUGCUUCGAUGGAGAUGGUGGAGGUGUUAGCGGCUCGUCAAGCUCUGGUUUUUGCUAGGGAACUUGGGUUUGACAGGUUGAUCUUGGAGGGUGAUUCUGAGACGGUUAUCAAGGCUAUUCUUGGUGACUAUAUGGACUGCUCUUAUAUGGGUCAUGUACUGCAGGAUAUUAAGUUAUUGUUUUCUAGCUUUUCUUUUAUCUCAGUCAAGCAUAUUCAUAGGGAAGGGAAUUGUGUUGCCCAUAAACUUGCUAGACGGGCUAUUAGAGAUCCUUUUCUUGUCUGGAAGGAGGCUGUUCCUCCAGAUAUUUUUGAUGUUUACCAACUUGAUCUUUUAAGGAUGCAUUAA